AUGUUUGCAAAGUGGGAAUUAAAUCACCUCAGCAGCAUUGACCAUGACUGCACAGUCUGCCAACGCGAGAGAGAUCUCCCACUCAACCCACGGCUCUGCGAUAGCUGCAAGGGCUGGGAUGAUUUGAUCCAUGUGAUGGACUGCCUGGAACCUGAAUAUCCUAAAAUUAACCCCAACUGCUUCGGCUUGAAGUUCGGCGCAGAUAGGGACCCAAUCUUUCAUCAGUCUACGAGCAUAGAAGAUUACGACCAAGACCUUGGAAGCCUAAACUAUCGGCCCUUGGAUCAGCAUUCGUUUUCCACGGCCUGCAUGCUGUGUUGUAGGAUUGAUGAAGAGAUUCGCAUCUCCAUCAGCUCACAAUCGCGCAUUGAAGUUGGCGUCUGGCGGCCUUUUCCUGUCCCUCGGAAGGGCCAUCAGAUAUUUCGCUGGUGGGAAUUUGCCAGAGUUGACAAAUUGGAGAAUAUGGACGAGAAAUCAGUGAGAUUGAUAUUGCCAGUUUCUGUCAAAUCCAAGGCUACAAGAACACCAGAGAAGCUCUUCAAGACGUUGGUGAUAGGAUUUGAAUUGCACUAUGCCCACCUCGGCUACAAAUUGGAAGCCAUCACAAGAUGGAACCAUAGCCUGCUCGAUCCUGGCAUUGUCAAGGAAUUCAUUGGAAAUUGUCGAGAACAUCAUAGAAGCCAAUGCAACGAGCCUCGUUGGCCUGCGAAGGUCCCUCAGUUUUUCCGAGUCAUUGAUACAAAGAACUGGUGCGUUCAAUUGGCCCCAGAAGAGCAUUUCGAGUAUCUCGCCCUCAGUUACGUCUGGGGGGCCCCAACACAGAGCCAGAGGGAUAUUAAUAUUCUUCAACUCGAUACAACAACUCUCCCAGAAUUGGAGCAAAAGAAUUCACUGCGCAAAUACUCUAUCCCAGAAGUCAUCCAGGAUGCUAUUAAUCUCUGCGCUGAUCUCGGCUACCAGUAUCUGUGGUCUCCCUUGGGGGAUGCUCGAGUGGCGGGCUCCCAGGGGCGUCUUCUCGUCCUCGAGAUACAAAAGAGCAAUUCAAGCGAUGGCGCCUUUCAAUUGAUGGAAGAUACUCGCAUGCUUUACCGCCCUCAAUACACGAUGAGGUCUCUACUUCGAAGUGGGAUCAACGAGGCUGGACCUAUCAAGAGAGGAUCUUGUCCCGACGACAUUUAUUUGUGA